AUGGCCCAAGCACUGACGUCACAGGUCAGCAGCGGCUCUUUGGAUGCGACGCCAGACCUGCCUUCGACCUGGCCUGCCUGCCACGAAAAACAACGUCAUCAAGUGUGUGAGGACACACACGCGUCUGCUCAGAUAGCAUUGUUUUACAUUGACCUCAGGAACCAGCGGGAUAGUGUGCCGCGCACACCCGCUGUUACGUAAUCUCCGUUCACUUUUUUCUCGAGCCAUGAGGACCAGAAGGAGAGCAACUCAAUAAUCUGUGGAGUCUUUUGAACAGUUUUCGAGCUUCAUAAUUUAUGAAGGAUAGUUUCAGUCAAAAUUUUGAAGUGAAAAAUCAAUUAUUGAAAAGGAGCUAAAAAAAGAGCAUCUUCUCAUUUUUAUCCGUGGAGCACACUCGGCUCAAACUUUCUUUUCAAUCCAAACAAACAUUGACCAAAGUGGACGCUGCCUCUAUUCGAAUUCAAACUUCAACCUUUUUUUUCUUCUUUUGGUGCCUCCAAACAAGAAGACAAUGCAGCUGGCAAAAGGCUGCGAAAAAAAAGCCACAACACUCACAGCGGCGCGCACUUUUUGCCUCAAAUGCCAUGGAACGCGGCCCAAAUCUUCUAUGUUUUUGAAUGUAAGAGAAGAAAGUUGCAGCUGCCACGAGGGUUUGGUUUGAAUUUUUGAGAUUUUUGGACGCAGAAAAAAAAAAAAAAAGAGGCAUGGGAAUCUCUUGGUCGAGACCGACAAAAAAGCCAGGAGAUUUUUUUCCUCUUCUCAACGAAAAAACUCCUUUUGCGGUCAGUGACCCACACACUUUUUUGUCAUAUUUUCUCCUCACCUAGGACGAUGCGAUUCAUCUUUCAAACCGGUACAAGUUCUCUGCGGGGGCGCGUGCCCCCGGCUCAAUCGUAGUGGAAAAAAAAAGUUUUUUGCGAACGACAAAGACAAAUUUUUUCGUUUUUUAUUUCAACUGGCUAGGUCUGGACCUCCUCAAAAAAACGGGGUCAAUGUCCGGAAAACGGUCAUUGUGGCGCGUGGCACCCAUGUGGCUUCAGUGGGACUUUCAAAUUUUACUCGCACUCACACAUGUCCUACUGUAUGUUAUUUAUCGAGUGGGGGGAGGCUUGCUGGUGUCGUGUCGGAAGGAAGAAACAAAGGCGGCGCCAAUAUCUCAUACUUCAUAACUUCGUGUCGUUGGCAGAUGCCGCUAGAAUAUAUAUUUCGACGUCAGUUCUGAGUUUCUACUCGGGGAAAGACGGAGGAAUUCAGCUUGAAGUUGAGAAGAAAAUUCGAAUUUUGAGCUUCGUUUUUUGAAAUGAACACGUUUAACGUGACUUGAAAACUUUAAAAAAAAUAAUGAAGCUGGAGAUAUUUCUUCUCAUUGUUCUUCAUAAUUAUCUUCCAAGUUACGUGAUUCCCUCUAAUCCUCAAGAUUCCGUACGCCUAUCCUCCCAACCAGAUGAAAAACUUCUUAUCUGGCCUAGGAACUGAGGAGGCACGCGCCUCGCAUUUUUAUAACACUUGCGUGUCAGAUCCACCGUCACAGAUAACCAACGCUUUUCUUUGUCUGUCCUCACUCGAAGUGAGUCCGAGUCAGGGUCUCGAGUCCAUUCUCAGACAAAGAAGUGCAGCCUUUCCGUGCGGUAAAAAUGUUCAAGAUUAGCCUCGAAAAACGGACAGACGGCCCGAUGUUGAGGUUGAGGAAGGAGAGGGGAAGGAGAAGGAGAAAAAAACUCGAUCGUCAUCUGCCCUUAGUUGGAAACGUAUUGUUCUUGGCGCCUGGCGCCGAGGCAUAUGGCGGCAGCUGGCGACAGCGCCAUGGGGGUUCCGAAUCUAAAGGCCGAUGUCCCUGA